AAGUUUUGAAUUAUAUAUACAUAACCUGCCUGGUCUUAAACUCGCGAAGACUCAAAGUUUACCCAGUGAUGGUUGAAUGUGAAGAAAACUAAAGUUGUAGAGUAUACAUAGAGGAUCGAGAUCCAAAGAGAAACAAGGAACCGAGAGUGAGAGAAGAAGGAUGAUGGGGAGAAUGUUCUUGUGCUUGUUGCUGUGCUUCUUGGCCAGCAUAGCGACAGGUGGUGCUAGGGGAGGGCGCCGAGGCCCAGCAACAAGGCAGGGAGAUGCCCUCAGCAAGCUCUACUUCGAUGCCCUCAUGUUAAAGAGAGCACCAGCUGCUGCAAAUGCUUCUUCUUAUGCCACUGCUCUUUUCUCCGAUCUGUCGUCGAAAACUUAUCCCCAGCGGGGGUUGAAGGAGAGUGACAAGAUCAUCAAGUUGCCUGGCCAGCCUGAAGGCGUGGAUUUUGAUCAGUAUGGAGGCUACGUCACGGUUGACAUGGAAGCCGGCAGAGCCCUCUUCUACUACUUCGCCGAGGCUGCAUCUGCGGAUCCUUCUUCCAGGCCGCUGGUUCUCUGGCUCAAUGGAGGGCCGGGUUGCUCGUCUUUCGGAAUUGGAGCGAUGGAGGAGCUAGGACCCUUUCGCGUCAUGAGCGACGGCAAGACGCUCUUCAGAAAUCCAUAUGCAUGGAAUAGAGUGGCUAAUGUGCUGUUCUUGGAGAGCCCAGCUGGUGUUGGCUUCUCCUACUCCAACACCACCUCCGACUACGGCAAUAGUGGGGACAGCAAGACAGCCAAGGAUGCCUACGUGUUUCUUGUGAACUGGAUGGAGAGAUUCCCAGAGUACAAAGGAAGGGAUUUCUAUAUAGCUGGGGAGAGCUAUGGGGGCCACUAUGUCCCUCAGCUCGCUCAUACCAUACUCCAACACAAGAAGUCAAAGAUCAACCUUAAAGGCAUCAUGAUUGGCAAUGGAGUGAUCAACACCGAAACGGACGGCAAGGGGAUGUUUGACUAUUUCUGGACUCAUGCAUUGAUCUCAGAUGAGGCCAUUGAUGUAAUCCACAACUACUGCAAUUUCUCACCCAAUGCCAGUAGCCAGCCGAAGCAAUGCCUACAGGCGGUGGACGUUGCCGCUGAGUCACUCGGAACGAUCAAUCUCUACAACAUCUAUGCUCCUCUCUGCACUUCACCCACCAUCACUCGUUCUCCUAAGGGAUACUCGAUUGAAAAUUUCGACCCAUGCACUGCUGACUACGUGAGUGCAUAUCUCAACACUGCCGAAGUGCAAAUGGCUCUUCAUGCCAAUGUCACCAGACUCAACUACACAUGGUCUGGUUGCAGCCAAGUGUUAACACAAUGGACAGAUAGUCCUUUUACAGUCUUACCACUUAUCAAGGAAUCCAUGGCUCAUGAUGUCCAGGUUUUGGUAUAUAGUGGAGAUGUUGAUGGACGGGUUCCUGUCACUUCAUCGAGAUAUUCUCUCAAUCAGCUAAAACUUCGGGUGAAAACUCAAUGGCAACCAUGGUUUAUCAAAAAUGAGGUUGGUGGAUACAGUGUUGUUUAUGAUGGUAACUUAACAUUUGCCACGGUUAGAGGAGCAGGACAUCAAGUUCCGAGCUACCAAGCACUUCGAGCACUUGUUCUCAUCAAGUUUUUCCUUAAUCGAAAGCCACUUCCUUCUUGAAACUAGUUUAAUAUAGAUCGAAUGGGACUUUCUUGAUUUCUAGGUAUCUAUUAGAACCACAUAUUCAGCUAUAUCUUUAGCUAUUUAUCUGUUAUUAUUGAAAACAUGCAGUUAUCUAGUUGUCUUUCUCUCUCUUGCACAAAUGAAAGUUCUAUUAUCAAGCACGAAGGGAAAUGUGGAACUAUUCGUUAAUGCAUUCAUUUUAAAAAAUGGUUAGGCUAAGGUCCUUCAAUAUUCUGUAUUUGAGUACAUUGAAUCAAAAUUAUCCUUGUCUUUGCUAGCUUUUUA